ACUGCAUCGGUCUUCAACGUAAGCAGGAAUUCUGUCAAUUACGUCACACUGCAACCCUUCGUUUGGAACCACCAUGAUCACACUGUACGAUAUUGGGCCAUGCAAAGUUCCUGGUGUAAAAGGGUACUCCGCCCAUGUUCGUAAGAUAAUUUACACUCUCAACUACAAGAAACUUCCCUAUAUAAUUCAGCUUGUCGACUACCUGACACUCGAACCGACCGCCCAGUCCCUCGGCGCUACCCCAACCACAAAGCGACUGGAUGGCUCCCCUCGCUGGACGGUUCCUUUCAUACACGACUCUUCAUCCGGUCGUACCGUUUCAGAUUCCUUUGCCAUAGCCGAAUACCUCGAGACCACAUACCCCAAUACACCAAGACUAUUCCCACCGGGCACGAGGGGAUUACAAGCAGCGUUUUGCGAUGCUGUCAUACAGAAACUUGUGGCUAGUGGUAUCGUUUCAAUUGCGAGACCGAAGAUGCAGGAUCUGGGUACAGAGGUGGUGAAAGAGAGUCUACGAGUGAAAUACAGGAAUACUGAUCCUUCGGCGAUUCCCAAAGCAACGGAAGUUAAUCAAGAGGCUCUAUGGGAAAAAGGCAAAGACAUUUUUGACAGGUUAGCAGAUGGAUACCCAGCGUUAGUCGAAGGGACAUCCCCCAUUUUCGUGAUGGUGACCGAACCGGUAUUCGCAGACUUUGCACUAGGCGGUUUGCUAUGGGAGUUCAUGGUCGCAUUUGGAAAGGACAGCGAGGAGUGGAAGAAGAUGGAAAACUGGAUGGAUGGUAGAGUAGGAAAGCUUGUCGAGGUAUUGGAUACUAUUGAGACAUCUGAAGUUGGCCAGGUUUAAGGAAUCUAUAAGUAGCAAUAGGGGUUUUGUUAUUAAGUGGCAACGCACGGAGUUUUCAACCGACAUGAUGGCUUC